CAAGAAACACGAUCCUCCUCCUCCACUGAGCACAGGAUUCUCGUAUUUGAACGCCUUCAUCGCUCASAAUAGAAUAGACAGUGGUCAAUCCCUACUACCUCAAUAGCAGCAUCCAAAAUGGCAAUCUCCGCUCGCGCUACGCUUUUCACCCUUGUCGUUGCGGCACUGGCCCUUUCCGCCGGCGCCUUCGCCCCACCUUCCUCCGCGGUCACGAGAUCGGCUCCGGUGUUUGGGGACAUCGCUAGCACCAGCACUACCCAGUUGUCGGAACGACAAUGGAACUUCAACGAGGGCCAAUCGCCCUGGGGAAUGAAGGGCAACGCCGAAACAUGGAACGGCCGAGUCGCACAGGUGUGUAAUGCAAGGCAACGACGCCACGGUGGUGGGUGUUGCAUAUAAACAACACUGUUAUGUUAUGUUAUGUUAUGUUAUGUUAUGUUAUGUUGUAUUUUUGUUUUGUUUUUGCUGUUUCGACACCGGCGACAUUUUUCACUGAACCACACGCCCAUUCUUGUCUGGAUGCAAAUAACACGCUUCCCGAAAACAACGCAGGUCGCCUUUGUUUGGAUCUUUCUCCAGGAACUCGUCACCGGAAAGGGGGUAUUCCAGGGAAUCGAAGAGGGCAACUGGUUCUUCCUUUUGAACGCCGGUGUGUUUGGAGUUGGGGUGGUUGCCCUGACCGGAUGGUUGGCAAUCCAGGGUGACGACGACUACACCAAGGAGUAAAUACAUAAGCGWGUCGGGUUUUGUUGAAUGCGUUGCGAUUCGAUUACCUUCAGUCGGGAUCGUACCGCAAUUCUAGCACACCAGAACAGCGGUCUCGAUGGAUUCGGACCGACCUGACUUUCAUUCGAACCUUUCACUCCCGGAUCAAUAUUGUUACCAAAAAGCGGGGCUUACAGUUAGACCUGUUUUGAAAAACGAAGAACCAACAUAAUCCGCAUUCAUAUCCCCUGUACGACAUAUUGAAACCAGGAGACGAAUGACGGAUAAGGCUUCGACAAUACUUAAUUUUUAUGCUUUUGGCAUCAAAAGUUACACGACAGACCUUAGAUUACCCUUUUCAAACGAUAGAAACACCUAUUUUGAAUAAUUCGUCUGUACACUGUUUGGCAUCCGGGGAAAACCAGGCGCCUAGGAAGACUGUUCGAAGCGCUAUGUCAGAACACAAAGAGUUAAUAAGAAACUACACAUUUU